AUGUCUGACGGUGUCGGCUUCACCUCUGACAAGCAGCACUGCACCACCGUGCGGCGCGUCAGCAAGUCAAACUCAAGGUCAAAUGUGGAGCCACAAGUCAAUAUGGGCCAGCUAGUUCUCGUGCACAGCGACGAGAUGCUAGAAUUUCAGCUUCACAUUCUCGUAUCGCUUACUAAGAAAUAUCCGCAACACUUGCACGUUGAAAGAGUGGAAAUCUCAAGGGAGAGCGUGACGCGUCCGAGACAGGCCAAGGCGCGUUACGUCACGCGUCAUCUCCGCGACCGUGACCCGACGCGUCGCGGGAUGCCACUCGACGUUUUUCGUCCCUCGCCCCUCACCGCCCACCACACCCACUCCGUCCCACUCCGUUCUCCCAGCCUGCACAGCAUGCCUCCCAAACGCAAAUCCGACGCGGAUUCCUCGGCGCCAGCGAAAAAGGCGCGCGCCAGCACCGCGCACGCGUCUGCCGCCGCGCUUGUGCAUACAAUCCUCGCGGACCCGGACGCGUUUCCGAUCCCCGACGACGCCGUGGCGGUCCGUGCCUCUUUCGCGGCGCUCGCAGAAUAUGCGCGGUCCCUGGAGGGCGCAGGCGCGGCGGCGAUCUCUAAUGCCGGGUCUAGCACGGUGAGGGCAAAGACACAGGAGGAGCUCGAGGCUGCUGCAGAGAAGAUCCGCAAGGCCGCGCACAGCGGCAUCAGGAAGCAGAUGACUGACUCGAUGCAGUGGAAGCUCUCCUGCAAGACCGGUGCCGCGAAGUGGGCGUACGACGGGAUCUGUCCCGACCCGGAGGUGUUCGGCGCGCUCCUGGGCCUUGGCGGGCCGCCCAAGUUCAAGCAGAAGAAGAUGAGCAGGGAGGAAUUUGAGGGCCACAUCGGGAGCUGCGAGGCGUCUGUCAGGUACGACACCCUGGGCAUCACGAGUGCCGACGUCAACAUCCGCUGGUCAGACACGGGCGAGUUCAAGUUCAGCGGGUCCUAUGAGUCAUUUGGCGGCUCUGCGAAUGCACGGAUCACUCAUACGACUCGCGCAUUGCUCUGCUCAGACGGUAAUGGCCUGGUCACCAUGGUAAAACUUCACUCGACGCCAGCACCCUGA